AUGAAUGAGGGGGAGGCCGAGAUAUCUAAGGAGAACGACUGGAAAGAGCUGGAGCCCAACUAUGCCAUUAAAAUCUUCCUCACCGUCCUGUACAGCCUCAUCCUGCUCACAGGCAUUGUGGGUAAUGGAGUCACCAUCCAGGUGAUGCAGGUGCUGCAGCAUAAUGGCUACAUGCAGAAGUACGUGACGGACCACCUGGUGAGCCUGGCGUGCUCCGACCUUCUGGUCCUCCUCAUAGGCAUGCCCGUGGAGCUCUACAGCGCCACGUGGUUCCCCUUCACCUCCACCUCGGGUGACGCUUCCUGCAAGAUCUACAAUUUCCUGUUCGAAGCCUGCAGUUAUGCCACCAUCUUGAACGUGGCGACACUCAGCUUUGAACGCUACAUGGCCAUUUGCCACCCAUUCCGCUUCAAGGCCCUGGCAGGAGAGCGAACGGGGGGCCUCAUUGCGCUCGCCUGGGUCACGUCCGUGGCCGUGGCUAUCCCGCUGCUGUUCACCACGGGAAUGGAGGGCCACGUCAUAGAGCCAAACGUUGGGCCGGUCCAGAACCUGACAUUCUGCACCAACCUGAGGGAGCAGUGGGGGGUGUACAGGGCCAGUAUCUUUGUGGCGUUCAUCGUGUACAUGGUGGUGCUGGUCAGCGUUGGGGUCAUGUGUCGGGGCAUGAUCCUGGUCCUUCAGCAAACCAUGAGGCCCAUGGGAGGAGGGGUCAACGGAGAAGAGGGCACGCCAAAACACGAGAGUGCCCGGGUCAAAGCCGCCAAGAAGCAAACCAUACUUUUUCUAGGUUUAAUAGUGGGCUCCCUCACUGUCUGCUGGCUUCCCAACCAGGUGCGUCGCCUGAUGACCGCCGCCGUGCCCAAAUCCAGCUGGACCAUGCCCUACUUCCGCAGCUAUGUGGCAUUGCACCCCGUGGCCGACACCUUCUUUUACCUCAGCUCCGUGCUCAACCCCUUCCUGUACAACCUCUCCUCCCGCCAGUUCCAACAGGUCUUUGUCCAGGUGCUGCGCUGCCGCCUCACCAUUGAGCAUGUCAACAAACGGACUCUGAGGAGCCCCGAGGCCAACUCGGCCCGCUCGUUGCGGCCCCUGCUAAAGUCGCUGCGCUGUGGUCAUGGCGGCAGGUCUACUCAGACUCAGAGCUUGGAGUUCGAGAUGCCUACGUUCACUACCUUACAUAUUCCUAAGGACACUCCAGCUCCCAGCCCUGAGGAGGCCCUUCCCACAACCAAUGAAUCACGCUCGAUUUCAGUGCGAAAGGGAAAUGAGCCUGAUGAGACUGAAAUAUAAGGGGACGCAUUUGGUGCUUUGAAGUUUAUUCAAAUACAUGUAUCAUAAAGUUGGCUUGUGUUUACACCUUAUAUUAACAUGUGGUUGUCGUCAUCCGAACGAGAUGAUCCGAUCACUAUCUGAUCGAGAUUUGUUGCUUCGACACAUGGUAAUAACUAAUAAUUUAGUCCGUUUUGUGAUCAGAUUCCCUGGUUCCCUCCCUGUAUGCAAAUUAAUCCAACCUGCCGAUAUGACACAAACUAUAUAAAUCGACAAAACAGCGCACUUUUAUAGUCAAUAGUUUUAUACUCUCAUCAUUACAGCCUACUUUUGUUAUCGACAAUUCAAGACUGAGCGCAAUAGCCCACUGGGCAAACCACAUCAUUUCAACGUGGAUAAUUGGGUAAUAUUUGGUUGAGACGUUGAUCAAUGAGAUUGCAACCUUUAUUCACCCACUCCAAAGACAGUCAAAAGUUAGUUGAAUUUCCAGUGUGUUAUCACUAUGCUUUCAACCAUCUGCAAUCUGGUUCAUGUUAUCAAUCAACCAACCAGAGUAUUUACAAACAGAACAGGAACUAAAUAAUCCAUAUGUAUUGAUCACAUCUUUACUAAUGUUGCAGAAAUCUGCUCUAAAGCGGUAUCCACACCCUUCGGAUGUAGUGAUCAUAAUAUAAUAGCUAUAUCUAAAAAAUAAUCUAAGUUCCAAAG